AUGGGUAAAUUCCCAGUAAUCAAGAGAGCAACAACCCUCUCUUGGUCAUCCUUGCUCAUCAUGAUUCCACAAGCAAAAGCCACUGAUUUCUUGCUUCCAUUACCAUUAAAAAUUAAACAAAAAAAGAUGAAGAACGAAGGGGCUGCAAAAAUAGCCCUCUGCUCACCUGUUUCACUACAACUCCCCCUUCCCCUUUUUGUUUUAAUGGUCACUAGCCCCAUUUCAUGUUCCCUUCCUUACAGAAAUACCGACUACUACCACCCUAGACAACCCAUUGUCAUCCUACAACUCCCAUCUGCACCCACCAAAGGCCACCGCAGCUUCGUUGCUUCUUCCUUUGGUCUAGCCAGACCCUAUAGGUCCUCCUUUUUCCCCUCGUUUUCUUCCUUCUCUGUUGUUCCCAUCGACCACAAAGCCCGGAGACCACAUCGACUUGCGAAGCCGACCGACGAACCUUCGUUGCUUCGGCUAUUGCUGUUUUUGUCGCUUCUUCAGACCCUUUUCAUCUUCAUUCCUUGA